AUGUUUGAUUGCAAUUUCUCGCGGCCGUUACUCAACCACGCGGCUGUGAGCAGCUCAGCUCUCGACGACAACGACGGCUACGAAGAGAUACUCCUUAAGGCGGCUAAAGAGAUGUUUCCGGAGACCCCUUACACUCGAUUCGGUUUCUUCUACUCAAGAAAUAAUACCUCAACCGAUGGCACGUAUAGGAUGUUUACGGGCGAGAAGGGUAUCAAUAGAUUAGGACUUUUGGACACUUGGAAUAACCAGAAGACUAAUAAUAAGUGGUUCGGAAAGAGAUGUCAACGAUUCGACGGCAUCUCUGCCGGCGAUUUUCAGCCUCCAUACAGACACCCGAAGCCAAAAAGUAUUGACAUAUUUAUGGGUGACUUUUGUAGACCCUUUACACUGGAGUUCGCCAAAGAGGUGGACUGUCAAGGCAUCAAAUGCAGCCGUUAUUGGGCCAGUCCUACGCUCUUUGAUUAUAAUUUGCCGGACAAUCAGUGUUACUGUCAGUCAAAUAGUUGUCCUGCAAAUGGUGUGAUGAAUGUGUCCGUCUGUACGAUGGGAUCGCCGACCGCCGUAUCGUUUCCUCAUUUUUUAUACGCCGAUAAUAUUUAUUUAGAUUCAGUCAACGGCUUGAGUCCCGAUCCCAACAAACAUAGCUUUUAUAUGGAUUUUGAUGAUACUUUGGGGGUACCACUGAAUGUCGCGGUCAGACUUCAAGUGAAUAUUGUGGUCGAAAAGAACCAGAAUUUAGACUUUUCUCGAAAUUUUACACAAAAACCGUUAUAUUUUCCACAGUUUUGGUUCAGUACUACGGCUAAAGUGGGCGAAGAUAUGGUCCAACAGUUGAACUUUUUGGUCAAUUUAGUGCCGUUUUAUAUAAAUAUCAUUUCAUUUCUAUUUUUAUUAAUUGGUUUUCUGACACUCGUUUCGGCCGCUGUUUACGCCUUCAGAAGCAAAAGGAAUAUUUGUAAUAAUAAUAAUGUAGUGGUUAUUAUCCGCAAAAUGAGCGCCAAUUUCUCAAAUUAUGACAAAUGCGGUGCAAUUAACUUAAACCAUGGGUUGAGAGACCAGUCGAGAGUAGGGGGCGAACAGACAGCCGAUGACAAUGAGUUUCCAUUCAUGGUAUCACUUGAGGCCAAAGAUAAACACUUUUGCGGCGGAACUGUUCUCAACAAAAGGUGGAUCUUAACGGCUGCCCAUUGCAUACGAUUAACACAAUUGAUUCAAAAGAUUAGUGAACCCAAGGAUAUAAAGCUAGUGAUGGGAACCGUUCACUUGGAUUUAAACAGUAGUGGUCUUAAUGAGACAUAUGUGGCCGAGAAGUGGAUAAUAAACGGAUGUUUUUUGAGCCAAUUGGGUGAUGUCCUCGACGGCGAUAUCGCACUGAUUCGGGCCGACAAAGACAUCCCAAUCGAUGGUCAAAAAGUGACCGCAAUUUGUUUGCCGCCCAAAGAUGCGGAACCGGCGGCUGAGGAGGCAAUGAUGACCGGGUGGGGGGUUUGGGGACCCAGUGGUACAGAACCGUCAAAGAUAUUACAUAAAGCGAACACAACUAUAGUUUCCGAAGAGUUUUGCCAAAUGUAUGAAUACUUCCGAAACGUCGGACUCCUGGGAAGACUUCCGGGGAAAAGGAUUUGCGUUAUGAGUGAGGAAUCGACCGCUUGUUUCGGCGAUUCCGGUGGACCUCUAAUACAAGUGGUGAAUGGAAAGGCGUAUGAAAUAGGAAUCGCGUCUUAUAUCUCGGGGUGUCGGGAGAGGAAGUAA